AUGUGGGGUCAAAUGGUUCCGGUGGCCGUCCCGUUAAAACCGGCAAUCCCUUUCCCCGGCAGCCGGAAAGCUUCCUCCGUCGUGUCACGAAAAUUGAAUAAUCCAUCUCUAUCGAAGUUGCAACUAUCAAAUAUCGAUAUCCCACCCUCCCAAACACAACCUCUGCUUUCUUCUUCUUCUUCUUCUUCCUCUGAAACUGCUCCGUCCGUACAACCCGUCAGAACCCUGCGGAUUCGACCUUCUCCCGAAUUGGGCCUUGCCUCACUGCUCUUCGUCCUCUCCACGGCUUUUGCUGCGCUUCUCUCCCUUGCUAUAUUUUCCAUUCCAACUAUCAAUGCUUUGAGAAAAUUGGCAACUUCAAUGGAGAAGCUAUCCCAUGUAGUCUCCCAGGAGGUACCUGGAACUCUGCUUUCUUUGAAACUCUCUGGCCUUGAGGUCAAUGAUUUAACAAAACAGCUUACUAGUAUCAGGCAAAUGAUUUCUGCAACUGGCUCGGGGAAGAAUUCAAAGUGACAGUUUGCUGUCGAAUCGAUUUGUACACAUGUAGAAUUAAGGUGCAAAGUUAGUAACUUCACUCCAGCUUAGUGUCGGCAUGCAGUAUGCUCUGUAUUAAUGGUUUCUUAGUCAGUUACUCAAGUUCGAUUUCAACAACAAUGUCAACUAGGGCCCGUUCAGCUAGUAUGAUUUAUGAAGUUACAACUUUAGUUGUUGGGGACGAUGAUUGGAGUGAUAAAGUUGAUCUCUUUAGUGUGGGGAUAAUAUUGAUUCAUAAACAGUUAGAACUAGUGCACUUUAUCAUGUCAAUGAUUGUAGCUUUGGAUUGGGAUAAUCAUGGAAGAUUUUCCUUUAACUGAUUCUUUGAUAGAAAACUGAAACUGCCUAGUAGGUGUUCCGAUCAUCAAGGUAAUGCACUAAUGCAUUUCAUCCCUAAAUAUAUUCAGAUACCAGAGCCAGGUCUAGGCACUCCCUUCUGUUUUGUUCAUAUCUUGAAAAAGGAAAGACAGCAACAACAAACAAAAAAGAUGCGUACUUCAUGCUUGUUUGACGCUCACACUUGUCUGCGAAUGCAACACUGAAAUAGAGGUUUAUAUGCUUGUAAUAGAUUCUUUAGUUUCUUCAUUAGGUU